ACGGCUUUAUUACAAACAUAGAACACAAGUCUAACGGAAUAUUCUGGUCUCUCCUCCCUGGAUCCCCACUCUCUGUUCUACAGGGCACUGGCUUCUAGCCUCCCUCCCUCCCUCCCCCCGAGAAUUACUCACUUUCUCCUCCCUCUUUCUCUUUUUUUCUUCAUUCUUUAUAGCAGUUCCCCCUUCUGUCUCGCUCCUUCUUUCCAUCCCAUAACGGGCUCUUUGUUGACUCUCCAUCUCAUCCCUUCUUCUCCUUCAUCAGGAGGGGUGCAGGCGACUGCGUCUCACUCUGCACGACCAGAGCCAGGCCACCCGGAGCUCAGAGCUGCCCAGGAGCAAGCCAAUCGGACGAGCUUUUGCUGUGGUUCAGCCAACCAGUGAGGGGCCGGCUUUGAAGCCUGAACCAAUCAAACCUGCAGAGGAGAAGGUUGAGGUCAUCAAGGUGUACCUCGAGGCCCGUAGACAGGAACAGCACAGACACCAGCAGAGUCUGAAAAUGCUCUCAGACGAAGUCUCCCAGAUACAGGAGGUGAGGUACUGUUUGAAGACCCUGAGGGAGCAGAUGGCAGCUAAGAAUAAAGGAGAGCAGAAGUUUCCUGUGAAUGGGUACAGAGUCACUACUACUGUUCCAAAAGCCGAACCCCGUCCAGAGGGAGGGGCUAGCGUUGACGGACAGGAGGGGGAUGACGAGGCGGAGAGGAUGAAGAUGAGGGAGGUCAGUAAGCGUCUGUAUGCUCAGCUUCAGGAGGCUGAGAAGAAACACCAGGAGGAGAGAGAGAGACUGCAGGCGGAGGGCAGUGACCUGAGGCAGCGUCUGGGGGAGCAGGGGGAGAAGCUGCGUGGCGUGGAGGAGGUGAGUGAGAGGAAGGACCGGCGUCUGGACGAGCUGCAGAGGCUGCUGGGGGGCAUGGAGCAGGAGAGCGCCGCCCUGCGGGACACGCUGAGGAACCGCGAGGAGGAGCUGAGAGAACUACGCAAGAUCAGGGAGGAGGGCAGGCCAGAAGACAAGAGGUCUGAACAUCUAGAGAAGGAGCUGGCCAUCCUGAAAGAGAAGAUUCAUCAUCUGGACGACAUGCUCAAGAGUCAGCAGAGGAAAGUCAGACACAUGAUCGAACAGCUCCAGAACUCUCGCAUGGUGAUCCAGGAGAGAGACCGGGUGAUCAGAGAGCUGGAGGAGAAGGUUGCCUUCCUGGAGGCUGAGAACCGGGAGAUGCAUGAUCAGAUGGACUACUUCAUGGGAGGUCAAAGGUCAAACUCAUACCUCUCAGACCGCAAUGCCCAGAUUGUUUACAGCAAACCACUCAAGCCCUCCACCUCGUCCAGUAAACCGCUUCCGUUUAUCAAAGUCAUCGAGAUAAAGUCCUGAGCUGGAACAAGUGAACCAGUGAGGGAGAGAGAGAGUGAGGCUUAGAAAGAGACAGAGAGAUUAGGAGGUACUAGGAACUAGAAAAUGCUCAACGCCCAACCUGCAACGCAACAGCAACAGUGGACUGUAACCAGACCACAACAGCAUACCACAAUCACCACCGCAAUCCCCGUCUGUAGAUCCUAGGCCCCAGCAUGGACAGGGUCUCACCCUGAGCCUACACGGACACAUCCCUCCAUUUGGGGGGACACUAUGCAACGCGUGGGUGCUUUUUGAGAAGCACUGCCAUGAAACACAGCAGGAUGUCAGGUGACAGGAAGUUGGCAGAGGAGUCUGGAAUUGGAUCUGUGUCGAAGGGGAUGUUGAGAGUGACAGUUUGUUCUGUCUAUUCUAGGACAGUUGGAAACCAGGCAAAAAAAAAGAUAGGAUUUCAAAUGUAAAUGUAUUGUGUCUGUAACCCAAUGACCCAGGUAGUUCCUGCUCCUCUCCACUUACAAACAUUAUGAUGUGACCCCUGAAAUGUAAAGGUGAUACUGUAUCACUGUCGUUUGCCCCACUGUAAAUACAUAUCUGUGACCUUCAACCCCCUGUGUGUUGUGUGAAGUCUGAGUGAAGGUCUAUGUUCUUAUAUCUCAACUUGUAGCUCAUGGUCUGCUUGUGAUGUUACAAACUUAACUAGAUAAAGUGACAUCAGUACUAAUGAGAAUAUGCGUGCCGCUCAGCAAAAGUAAAUGAAGGUGAGAAUGGUGGUCGUGAUGAUAAAGUUUGACAAACAUGUUCCUCUCAUGUUGCACAGCGUUGUGUCACAGUGGGAAUGGGUUUCAGUUUAUGGAAGUGUCAUCCACCAUCCAUGGAUGUUUUACAUAUUUGUUAUAUAUUAAUAUCAUGUUAAUAUUCUGUUCAAUGCUUUUCCUUACAUUUCGCCUAACAUUUCAUGACAUUGUUCUGUUCUAUUUAUGUGGACAUGAUUAGAGAAAUAUCAUUGAAGUUAGUGUGUUUGUGUUAUUAAUUUCUUUACAAGCUAUGUGUGUUUUGAUUAUUUAAAUAAAUUGAUUAAAAUGA